GACAUGCCACCAUCACCAACUACUUGCUCAAUUAUUUCCCUGGCCUGGACCUAGAAAGGCGGAACAUAUUUGGCUUCACUGCCCUCAUGAAAGCUGCCAUGCAGGGCAGAACAGAAUGUGUGCGAGCCCUGAUGCUGGCAGGGGCAGAUGUUCAAGCGAGGGAUCCCCGUCGUGGGAUGACACCACAGGAGUGGGCUGCAUUCACUGGCCGAGUGGAGGCUGUUCGUGUCAUGCAGAGGCUGAUGGAACGACCCUGCCCAGAGCAGUUUGGGGACAAGUACAAGCUGGAAUUGCCGCUUCCGGCUGAGACGCUCUUGAAAACUGCUGGCUCCAAAAACUGCUUUCAGAGAUUCACCGAGUUCCUGCGGACCACUCUGACCUCCCGCUCAGGCCAGAGCCUGCAGGAUGGAGGUGUCCUUGAUCACAUGGUUAGCAUGACCACAAGCCUGUAUAGCCCCGCUGUUGCUGUUGUCUGCCAGACUGUGUGCCCAGAGAACCCUCCCUGUGUGGGGAAGCGACGCCUAGCAGUGCAGGAAAUCCUAGCAGCUAGGAGGAACCAGAACACCAAUGCUCAGGAUAGCAACAAGGUAGAGGGCUUUGAGCCACAAUUACAGACUUUGGAGACCCCCAGAGCCAGCCCCUGGUCGUCCCAGUCCUCUGGGGCACCAGGAUCCACCCCUGCCCCUGUCUCUCGGAAGGCCAGCCUCCUACCCUUGCAGUUGCUGCGGAGGAGCAGCGUGCGGCCAGGCGUGGUGGUCCCCAGAGUGCGCAUCAGUAAGGCCCCUGCCCCCACCUUCCAGCCUGAGCGCGCAGCGUCCAAGGGCAACACCAAGGACAGCAUAUACCUGCAGAUCCCCAAGUGGCGGUACAAGGAGGCCAAGGAGGAGAAGAGGAAGGCGGAGGAGGCAGAGAAGAAACGUCAGGCAGAGGUUCAGAAGGAAAAACGGGCGCCACGCUGGAGAAAAAGGACGUGAAGGGGCCAUGAUGCCCACCACGUGUGUGCCUGGUGUCGGGAGGCAGCGCCGGGAUACAGUUAAGAGGCUACGGGUGGUGUAGACAGCACCACAGAGAGGGGUGACUCUUUCUGCCAUGGGGUGCAUGUUGCAUCACACAGCCUCUGGGUCUCCUUUCCUCCACAUUGCUCCCGAGGAAGAAUUGAAAAGAGUACGGAUGGUUUUGCUUAAAACUAGUUCCCUGAGCAAUCUAUACACCCAAAGGCAGUUUACCUAGAGGUCACCCCUUAAAUGACCCCAAUUAAAGAUUAAAAAACCUAAUUUAUCAAAGGGCAUUUUCUCAUACUUUUGUAUUUUG